CUGAUUAGAAACUCACUGCACUGUUCAAAAUGUCACAAGAGAGGAAAAUUCAAGCAUGCAAGUAGAUACAGACAUAUUACUGAAAGUUACUGUGCUCGUGGUGGGUCUCGACAAGGCCGGAAAAACUUCGUGUGUCAGAGGCAUGUUGAGAACUCCCACUGGAGAUGUGGGCCCUACUCAAGGAUGUGUCUGCAAUGAGUUGAGGGUGGAGAACAUGCUUGUUAACUUGCUGGAUGUGGGUGGAGGCCCUGAGGCUCGUGUCUCCUGGUCCGAGUACUAUGCCCAGGCCCAUGGAAUCAUCUUUGUGGUGGACUCAAGUGACAGACAGAGAAUGACAGAGGUCAGAGGGCUCCUGACAGACAUGCUGAGGCAUCCCAGGGUGGCUGGAAAGCCCCUAUUAGUGUUAGCCAAUAAACAGGACAAAAUGAGUGCCUUGCUGGGAAUUGAACUGAUUGAGAUUCUGUCUCUGGAAAAGCUGGUGAAUCGAAGCCGAUCUCUGUGUCACAUUGAGUCGUGCUCAGCCUUAAUGGAUGCGCGCCAGUGGUCAGACAGGAAGACACUGCGAGGGAUCACAUGGCUACUGCGGGCAGUCUGCUUGGACUACUCAGAACUCUGCACCCGUGUCAUCGGAGAUUUGAGAAGGCCCCCAGGAGCAGAGGACAGAGAGAGGAGGGGGAACAGGAAGAAAAGGAGGAAGAAGAACAAGGACGACAGAGUAAAGGCCAGUGACAUGGAUUUCAGCCAGGGACAAGCAGUGCUGGAAAUAGAAAGUAACAGGACUGCUCCACAACCAAUCAGAGAUGUUUUUCAAAUGGAGAGCUCCUUGAAAACAAAACUGAAGACAAAGAGGAAAGUGGGGGUUAAGAUCAAAAGUCAAAACGAUGAAGAGGAAGAGGAUGCAGAAGGGCACAAGGCCGAGCAGCAGGACCACAGUGAAAAAGAACAAGCCAGCAGUACCCUGUUGCCACGGAGACGUGGGAAGCUGAAGUGCAACGUGAAGCUGAAGGAGGAGACCUUGGCUCGUCCAGGAUCCCUGAGCGGUGAUGACUCUAAACCGGAUGAACGGAACGAACAAGAGAAGCAGGGAAAGGUGGUGAAGGGGAAAAGGAGAAAUAAGAUAAACACAGAAAAGAUACUGGCAGCUUAUACGCAGCCGACUGACCUGUCUGCCACGUUCGCUCUUUACAGAAAAGCACUUUUGGCUCUAAAAGGCCGACAGGACCAGAGGAGUGAGAAGACUGAGAUAGGAGGACAGAAGGAGAUGAUGUAAUGCAAAGACCUCUUCAGAACCUACAAGCUCAAAUAUUUUGUCCUUUAAGGGAUGGAUUCCAGAACAGAUCUGACUCAUGACGUCUGAGAUGUCCUGGAUAAUCAGGAUUUAUAGGACUCAUAAUGCUUUCCAGCAAUUUUAAAUAAGGGAACAAAGCAUUUUUCCUAAUCAUGUAACACAUGUUGCUAUUUAGGGAGUACAUCUGAGUAAGUCACUUAAAAAAGUAGGCCAGAUGAAUUUAUAGUAACAUCGGUAAUGCAUUUUUAAUUCUAAAUGAAAAAAAUUUUUUUUUUUUGUGGGAUAUUUUUAAAGCAUUUGUUAAAUGGACUUUCUACUACCUUUCAAAAUGCAGUUAAAGUGGCAGUUUUUAUUCAAGUAUUUUCCUGUUCAUGUGCUGUAAUGCAGAAGAUGGGAAGAUAUAAUUAUAUCUCAUUUUCAAUUACACAAAUUGUAUUUUCAUGCAUAUUCACAUGUCAAUGAUGCACAACAAACAAUAUUUUGAAAAGUGGUGCAGUGAUGGGGAGGGGCCUUUCCCAGGUGGAGAUCAUACAUUUCAAAAAGAAUUAAAUAAUAAGGGCCUCCAGUCUAUCUCUGCAGUGGGGGCCAAGACCUUUGCACAAUAACACUAGAUAAACAUAUAUGGUGCUGUUUAUUUUAGUUUAUUUACUGUUCUGACUUACUUACGUCACAGUGGUUUAACACUGUGUACGCAUAUUCAUGACAUGGAGAGCCUGAUCAAUUAUACCUAUUAAAACCUCAA